AUGACCCAGCCUCACAGCAGGAGCAGCGAGCACCGGGUGGCUCGCCUGUUGAGCGCCGUGGAGAGUGAGCUGGUGGUCGGCAGCGAGAAAGGCGACCCCACGGAAAAGCAGCUGAAAGUGGCUCUGGAGGAGUCGGAGCUGUGGCAAAAAUUCAAGCGGGUCACCAACGAAAUGAUCGUCACCAAGAACGGGAGGCGAAUGUUUCCAGUCCUUAAAAUAAGCGUCUCUGGUUUGGAUCCAAACGCCAUGUACUCAUUCCUGUUGGACUUCGUGGUCGCUGAUAGCCAUCGCUGGAAGUAUGUGAACGGCGAGUGGGUACCUGCGGGCAAACCAGAGCCCCUGACCCAGAGCUGCGUUUACAUCCACCCGGACUCCCCCAACUUCGGGGCGUAUUGGAUGAAAGCCCCCAUCUCUUUCAGCAAAGUCAAGUUGACCAAUAAAGUCAACUGCGGUGGACAGGUAAUUCUAAAUUCUCUGCACAAGUACGAGCCUCAGAUUUAUAUAGUGCGACUGGGAGGUCCUCACAGGAUGAUUUCCAAUCACUUUUUCCCUGAAACUCAGUUCAUCGCAGUGACUGCAUAUCAGAAUGAGGAGGUUACAGCUCUGAAGAUCAAGAAUAACCCCUUUGCGAAAGCAUUUCUGGAUGCCAAAGAAAGCUGUGAACGCUACAACUCCUUGCGGUCACCUGCCAAUCCAUACCCAGCAUCCUACAUACAUAGAAACUACGCUACAGUUUCUUUUGCAGAGAGCUCCAGUAAUGGUCUUCAGGUUUUACCUGGACACGACAACUGGUCAACGAUGACUUCUGCAAGACACACCAACAUGUUACCUGUCACACCUCCAACUGCAACUGGGUCUAGUGCUGGCCAGUAUACGUGCCACUGGGCAGUAGGUAACAGCUCUGUGAGCCCGGUCAACCAACCCAACACUGCUACUGGAAACCAACAAGGACAGUUUCUUCGAGGAAGCCUCAGCCAGCCUGCCACAUCAACAUCCUUGGUCGCCUUGUCCAGUGCAGGUGGAACAGCCAUGGAGAUUCACAGUGAAUUGCCACUAGCAAGACUCUUAGUGGCUUCCGGGACCUCAGCCUUAAACCAGCCAUUCUAA